AUGAUGACGACGUCAGGGUUACUGGAGUGGGAGCUAUCGUUACCAUCGGAGCAGAUCGUGUCUCACGGAUGGUACCACGGGGCGUUGAGCAGAGCGGCUGCCGAGGCACUGCUGCAGCAGGACCGGGAGUUCCUCGUGAGAGACUCCUCAUCACAACCAGAUAAUUACGUACUCAGCUGCCGCUCGAACGGUCAACAUCUCCACUUUGUCAUACAGAGGAUCGUCGUUCAUCCCGACACAGUGUUUGAGAGAUAUCAAUAUCAGUUCGAAGAUGAAGCGUACGACACAGUCGCUGACCUUAUAACGUCUUACGUCGGUUCCGGCAAACCAAUAUCGGCUGCGUCCGGGGCUCGCAUACAAUAUCCAGCGAACCGUCUGGUUCCUUUAACGAAUUACGUAUCGGGGGAUGAUGGAGGGACUAUGGCAUCGCCCAACGCUGACGGCAACUAUGGGAACGCGUAUAGUUUGUACAGUCACUUCGCGGCUAAGCCGGGAGCACAACUGCGAGUACCUUUCAAGAAACAGAGGUCUCAUUCGCUAACUCCCAUAGACAUGGCUCAACACGUGACUCACGGUAAGAGCGCCAGCGCCGAUGGUGUUAUACAAAGUCAAACAAAUAAACACGGCAAGAUAUUUCCAAAUGAGUCGUCUUCAGGUUGUAACACGUGGGACGCGAACUUACCGACCAGUCCGCCGGCCAAGCCUGCGCGCUGCGAGCCCGCCAAGACCGACGAGCGUCGCCUGGAGCUGCAUCGACUCUAUCACGUGUCCGGUUCAGACUCCGGGAACGGCUCCGGGGACUCCACGCAGAGCUCGGCGCUCGGGGAGACCAAGAGCAGACAUGAAACAGACUACAACACUACCAGCACGCCUUCUGUCAAACAACAGUUCGACUACGAACUCACAGAAGCGAGACUAUUGCAAAUGGAAAACUUGAAUUUUAUCGUUGACUCUAGAAUCAACCUCGACAACUUUCAGAGUCAGCUCAUUCCACCGUCUCUCACGAAACCUUUAGAAUCUGAAACGUUGCAUACCAUCAAACUGUUACUACGAACUUCCGGCCCUCGUAUUUUGGCCAACCACCUCACUUAUGUCGAUCUACAUUUUCUUCUAGAUGAAUCGUUACAAAUUGAAGGUCUAGAUAAAAUGGCUUCAGGCUUAGAGUUGUGUUUUUUACCUCAAGGACGAUCUCUGAGACUGGAUGUCAUAGAGAGAGUUGAAACAUUUCGCCUUCUAGUAGCCGUCACUAUACUGACCUGUCAAACGGACAGACAAAGAGCAGAUACUAUAAACGAUUGGAUUCUUUUAGCCAUCGAAACAAAAACAGCCCUAGGAAAUCUAUACGGAUUCUCAGCAAUAAUGUUCGGCUUGUGUAUGCCACAGGUAGAGUGUUUAGAGAAUGCCUGGAAUAUACUGCGGCGUGUGUACACGGACAACGCUUUCAUGUUCGAAGCGAAACUGCGGCCAUCGUUCAAGAGCAUGAACGAGGGGACCAACCCGCUGCCACCCAACACGACCACUCCUCACGUCAUACCACCGGUGCUGUGCUUCCAUCUGUUCGACGGUGAGGGCGGCGGGCUGCUGCAGCCGGACGACACGUUCCCCAGCAGCCUCAUGAACAGUCUCGAGUUCGACUUCAACGCGACGUCCGCGCACCUGGAGGCGGCCCGCACCCUGCCCCAGCAGGCGGACACUCUCCGCAGACGAGCUCGUCCCGUGCUGCAGCCGUCCACCGCGCUCUCCCCGCCCCUGCUGGAACUGUUCCGUACGGAGCUGGCGGCCGUGUUCCUGUGGGGCGAGCGAGGCGCGCGCUCUCCCUCCAACCAACGGUUCGCGCGGCUCACGGACGUCCUCACAGCCAUGGCCGCAAAACUGGCCGCGCGACCCCCGGACGACGACGACGCUGUCUGA